GUUUUCUUUCUCUCCAAGCACAAGUACACUUCUCUUGUCUCUCCCCCACCUAAAGCCCUGAGCACCCCCCCAUCAAAUCUCUCUAGAAACCCCAAUAAUUCCAUAUUCCCAUUUUGCCCCUGCAGUUUCUCCUCCUCAGCCAUGUUCGUGUCUAGGGUUUUAGCUCGCGCUUCGAGGGCCAUCCCCAGGAGCACGGUGUCCUUCGCCGCUCUACCCAAUCACCGAUUCCCAAUCAUUUCCAAUCAGCCGCAGCCUCUGAUUCAGGACUUGCCCAAUAAGUUGAUUCCGAGUCAGGUGUCACUGUUGCAUCAUUCAGCCUCCAGUUCUUCUAUAUCUAUAUCUCAACUAUUCGGAUUCUCUUCAUCUGCAUCUCCGGAGCCUUCUGAAAGGGUUGGAAAUGGAGGUGCUGAGAAGAGUGAUGCUAAAGUUUCUGAUAGUGGGGAUACAAAAGUGGCUGAUCAAACCAAAGAAUCAGAUUCAGAUUCAGAUUCAGAUUCAGAUGGUGACUUGUCUACUGAGGAUCUGGUGAAACUUCUCACAGAGAAGGAAGAACUUCUGAAACAAAAGCAUAAAGAGAUUGAGAAGAUGCAAGAGAAAGUCCUCCGCAGUUAUGCAGAAAUGGAAAAUGUCAUGGAUAGAACAAGGCGCGAAGCAGAGAAUACGAAAAAGUUUUCCAUACAGAAUUUUGCAAAGAGUUUACUAGAUGUUGCAGACAAUUUGGGUAGAGCUGCUUCAGUUACCAAAACCGGUUUCGCAAAAAUUGAUCAGUCUAAGGAUUCGACUGGAACACUGCCACUUCUGAAAACUCUUCUUGAGGGAGUUGAAAUGACUGAGAAACAACUUUCAGAGGUGUUCAAAAAGUACGGUGUUGAAAAAUAUGAUCCUACAAAUGAACCAUUUGACCCACAUAGGCAUAAUGCAAUGUUCCAAAUAUCAGAUCCUUCCAAGCCUCCUGGCACUGUUGCUCAAGUUCUCAAGCCUGGAUACAUGCUACAUGAUCGAGUUAUUAGGCCGGCUGACGUUGGUGUAACUCAAGAAGCGGAAAACAAUGCAACUGAGGAAGAUGCUGGCAAUUGAAGUUUUUGCUGCUAUAACAGAUUUCACUACGGCAUUCCAGUGUACUGAAUUACAUGACCAAAUUUUUCCAUGGGUUCAAGAAACUUGAAUGAGAUUUAAUGUUAUUCCAUGACUUGAGGUCCAACUUUAUUUCCAGUGAAGUUGUUUUUCCAUGUUUUGUAUGAGUUUUGAGUCUCUGAAUGACAGAUCAUUAGGGACCUAUCUGUGCCUUGCUUGUAAGUAGUUCUAGUUCUAUUAUGGCCUGAUUACAUGGAGCAUGGUGUUAGUUCAU